AUGCAGAAAGAUUUGGAAAUGCAAGAGGUGGACCUGCACGCCGAAGAGCAGCGUCAAAGCUACACGGAACCCUAUCCGAUACGAGAAGUGUAUCGUGAAUCUCCUGUCGUCCAUAGUCACGUGACUCCAAACCUCGGCCGGCGCCAGGGCUCCUCCUCAGGCCAGUCGUCGUAUGAUGAUGACCACUUGCCCGAUGAAGAUGAUAUGGUGCCAGUCCCUUUGAUGGUGAAGCCUAAGGAGAUCUACCAGAAUCCUCAGACACCAACUGUGCUUCCAUCACACAAUAGACCGGUGAACAAAUGGAUGCAUUAUAAGGAGACCUAUUUCAAGGAAUUCCUCGCAGAAUUUCUAGGAACCAUGGUGUUGGUAUUUUUUGGUGACGCUAGUAUAGUUCAAGUUAGAUCAGCAGCUCAAGCUCGUGUUACAGCAUUCCAAAGUUCUUUGGAUGCGAACGCCAAUGCCGGAAUAGCUGGACUAAUGAGUAGUCUCGUCACUCCCUAUCCAGCCGGUGAUGUAUUAUCUAUAUGUUUAUGUUGGGCAGGAGCAGUUGCGUUAGGAUUUUACGCAGCAGGAGGUGCUUCUAUAUCAGGUGGUCAUAUCAAUCCUGCAGUGACAUUGGCAAACUAUAUCUUCCGCGGCCUUCCAGGCAAAAAAGUUCCGAUUUACAUUGCUGGGCAAAUGCUCGGAGGUUACGUCGGAGGGUUGCUUGUCUUCUGGUAUUAUGGUUCUGUUAUCCAAACCACCUACCCUGACUGGUUUGAGAAUGAGGCAGUUGUUGGAAUGUUCUCCUGUGUACCUUUGUCAUACCUUUCCUCUGGAAGGCAAUUUAUCAGUGAAGUGGUGAUUGCUGCCAUUCUCAUAGGAUCUCUAUUCUCUAUGACGGAUCCUUACACCUCGGUAUCCCCUGAGGUGUUCCCAUUCAUGUUAUUUAUUUUGAUCUUCUGUUUAAUGGCCGCUACUACGUACCAGACAGGCGCGGCAUUGAAUCCUGCAAGAGACAUAGGUCCAAGACUAGCCAUGUGGACUGUUGGAUUUGACACUGAUGUGCUAUGGCGGUCUCAUAACCAUUUCUUCUGGGUGGUAAUGACCGCUCCUUUUAUCGGUGGAAUAAUUGGAGGACUAGUGUACGAUACGUUCAUCUUCCAGGGUCAUGAGUCUCCAGUGAACCAGCCAGUCUCUAAAUGGUCUGCAAAAGCGAAGAGUAUUCUGAUGCCAUUCAGUUCGAAGCGCACGAAAGCUCCUUCUAGAGGUGCUACGGGCACAAUUUCUUCCACAUCUGAGAAGGAAUUACAAAUGAGCGACUCAAUUACCAAGAGCGGAGUGUAUUUUCAGCAGAGCGCCGUCAAUCAGAGCGGAGAACACGAGGUUGCUCAGGGAAACACGGCCACAAAUUCAGGAAAUAAAAAGCUUGAUAAGCUGUGA